ACAGCUGGUAUAUUUAAUGAUUUUCCUUCGCAUUAUGUGCAGUUGAAAGAGAAAAGCAAAACAUUUGCCGUGGCCGUAUGCCUGGUUGGCGUUUAUUUGUAACAAAUCGUAAGCCUGAUAGCGUCGUAGUAAAUUUUUCAAGCACAAAAAUGAAACUGCCCGAGGAAUAGUAUCAUCGAAAAUCGAUGUUCCCAGAACGGAGGUAGGACAGUAAAAUGGUGAAGCCAAUUCCGAUGGAAGAAAAACUAAAAUACUCGCUUCUGCGAGAUUUGAAUGACACUCAGAGUAUAUGGACCAGGAAUGAGAAACGGACAUGGUUCCUAACGUUGCUUGUAGGAACAUGCAUGCUAUACUCGACCCGUACGACGAUGCCUCUUCUAGUUCCAGCCGUAGCAUCAGAGCGCAAAUGGAGUAAAACGGACUCAGGCACAGUGUUGAGCUCAUUCUUUUGGGGGUACACUCUAACCCAAGUGCUCGGAGGCUAUCUUAGCGACAAAUUUGGAGGCCAGAGAGUGAUAUUACUUGCUGCCAUUGGAUGGUCAUUAAUCACAUUCUGGAUGCCAAAUAUAAUUACGUCUGCCUCGUAUCUAUCGAGCUACUCAAUACCGUUCAUUGUUUCGGUACGAAUCGUUAAUGGAGCCUGUCAGGGUAUCCAUUUUCCUAGCAUGAUUAGCAUCACUAGUCAGAAUCUGAGUGCAAAUGAACGAACUAGUUUCUUCAGCAUCCUAACAUCCGGCUCAGCGCUUGGAACGUUGCUAACUGGAAUUCUAGGCUCGUUUAUCUUGGACUAUUUUGGAUGGCCAACGGUGUUCCGGGUGAUUGGCUUUCUAGGGCUCUCUUGGACCCUUUUCUUACGUUACUACACAAUGUCUUCCGAUCGCAAUCGGAUCAUUAACAUCUCUCAGCCUAGUAGGAUAUGUUCGAAACUAGGUUCCACUGAGGCCGUCCCGUGGCUUAGAUUGUUCGGGAGAGCGUCAUUUUGGGCCUGUGUUCUAGCACAUGCCUGUGAAAUGAACUGUUUCUUCGUGUUACUUUCCUGGUUACCGACAUAUUUUCAUGAAAAUUUUCCACUGGCAAAGGGAUGGGUGGUAAACAUGAUUCCAUGGCUGGCACUACCGCCGGUAACUUUUUUCGGUAAAAUUCUUACCGAGAAAUUAAUUGCCAAACAAUGGCCAUUGAUUCGAAUCAGAAAGCUGGUGCAGAGCAUUUGUUUUCUUGGACAAAAUGUUGCUCUUUUUAUGAUGUGUCAUACACAGGAGUUCAACAUCGCGCUGACAUGCAUGUCAAUUAUUAUUGGUCUCUCAGGACUCCACAAUAACGCGGUUACUGUGAAUCCACAAGAUCUCGCGCCAAACCACUCGGGUAGCGUGUUCGGUCUGAUGAAUACUGUGGGUGCGAUUCCAGGGUUCCUAGGAGUAUACCUGGCAGGUCAUAUUCUAGAGCUAACACAGAGCUGGUCAGCAGUAUUCAGCACGGCCGCGGCAAUCAACACUGUUGGUUGGUUUUUAUUUACAAUCUUCGGUGCUACGGAGCCAAUUGUGUAGAAUCAACCAAAUGGGAUACAUAACUACUUCUUUUUUUACUUCAUUUAGACGCAACCAAUUUCUGUGACUCAUUCCUAGCUGAAAUUAUACCAAAUCGGGUCCGGUCAAUUUGUGUCGGAUUCUACUCAUAUGAAAUUUGUUUGAGUAAUCACGCGAACGUAAGAUAAAAUGUAUUCGGCGGUUACUAGAAGGGAAAAUAAAUAUCAUCACAAUUCUAAAUGUUA